AAAAUAGACUUUAAGACAAAGGCCACAAAGAAAGAUAAAGAAGAACAGUAUAUAAUGAUAAAAGCAUCAAUACAAGAAGAGGAUAUUACACUCAAUAUAUAUGCAACCAAUAUGAUCACCUAAAUACAUAAAACAAAUACUAACAAAGAGAGAAAUUGCUGAGAAUACAAUAACAGUAGGAAACUUUAACAUCCCACUGACGUCAAUGGACAAGAUCUUCCAAAUAGUAAAUCAACAAGGCAACAGAGAUACUAAAUGAUACAAUAGAACAGGUAGACUUAAUUGAUAUUUUCAGGACAUUAUAUGCAAAAAAACCCCAGAAUACACAUUCUUUUCAAGCAUGUGUAUUUCGGAAUACACAUGAAACAUUCCUUAGCAUACACCACAUACGAGGACACAAAACAAGCCUCAACAAAUUUAAGAGUAUAGAAAUUAUUUCAAGGUCUGUGCUCUGGGCUCGACUGAGGCUCCCUGGCCGCUUGCGCUUUCCGCUCCUUCUCCAAGAUGUUGGCAGUCAGUGCACUGAGGCAGGAUCUGGGCGAGCCUCGUGAAGAUUGCUUUGAUGGUGAUCACAGCUUUGAGGACAUAGGGCUAGCUGCUGGCCAAAGCCAAGAAGAAAAGAAACGUUCUUACAAAGAUUUUUUAAGGGAAGAGGAGGAAAUCACUGCUCAGGUAAGGAAUUCUUCCAAGAAGAGGUUAAAGGACAGUGAACUUUACUUCUUGGGGAUGGACAAGCACAAGAAGAGGAAGCACUCCUCUGAUGAUUACUACUAUGGAGGACAGUGAUUCUUGUUCUGAGUGCCGAUAAACCAGGGUGAAGGAGGAGAGAGGUGGAGGGCUGGCAUUUUGGAAGAUUCAGCAUAGAAGAACAGUCUUCAUUUGUGAUACACCAGAUAUUUUGUCUUUGGAAUUGUCACAGAAGAAAAAGUCCAGCCCGCAAUCUGCUGACACAACUAUGGACCUGUUGAAAGGGAUCACUUCCCCUCUGGCAAAAGGCACCAAACCCCCCCCCUAAAAGACAGGAGAAAUGUCCUCCAGUUCUUCAAGCCAUUCAGAGAGUAAAAAGGAACACCACAGGAAGAAAGUCAGCAGAAGCAGUGGGGAGCUGUCCCUGGAGGAUGGUGGUUCCCACAAAUCCAAAAAAAUGAAACUGCUCUAUGUGAACACUGAGACACAGACCCUUUGGGAGCCUGAUGGGUUAAAGAUGAAACUUAUUCUCUCACCAAAGGAGAAGGGAAGCAGCUCAGUUGAUGAGGAGUCUUUUCAGUACCCCUCUCAACAAGCAAUUGUGAAAAAAUCCUCUAAGACGUCAGCUUGAGAUGAGCAAGGUGCUUUACUCCUAGGACACGAGUUACGGAGCUUUCUGAAAACAGCCUGGAGGAAGUACAAGUCAUUCUCAGAUUCACGUUCGUCUCCUGGCCCUGAAGGCUAUGGGUCUGAUGCCUCCCAGUUCCCAGAAUCCCACAGUGCUAACCUUGAUCUUUCAGGGCUUGAACCUAUUCUAGUAGAAUCAGGCUCCUCCUCUGGCGGGGAGCUGGAGGCUGGGGAGUUAGUGAUUGAUGAUUCUUACUGGGCAAUCAAGAAGAAAAAGAAGUCAAAGAAGAGCAAAAAAAAAAAGGACAAGGAGAAGCAUAAAGAGAAGCGACACUCCAAGUCCAAGAGAAGGUCGGGACUUCCUGCUGCACCAGCGGGAGAGGUCCCAGCGCCGCCCGGCCCUCCGCCCAGCAUCCCGUACACUGGAGCAGCCGCCCCUCCCCCACCGUUUCCUGGCCUCCACACGGAUAGGCACAGUGAGAAAAAAAAGAGAGAAGGACAAAGAGAGAGAGAAGAAAAGCCAAAAAAGAACAUGUCGGCCUACCAGGUGUUCUUUAAGGAGUAUCGUGUAACCUUUGACCAUCUAGGCAUAGAUUUUGGGAAACUCCCCAAAAAACUGGCUGAGGUGUGGAAGCAACUGCCAGAAAAGGACAAACUGAUUUGGAAGCAAAACCCUCAGCAUCUGCAACACAAACAGAACAAAGCAGAAGCUACAACUGUGAAAAGAAAAGCAUCCAGCUCAGAAGGUUCCAUGAAAGUGAAAGCUUCCUCUGCAGGAGUACUGUCGCCGAAGAAAUCCGCACCCACCAACAUGCUAUUAUUACCCGCCUCGCCAGACAAAGCCCCCGGGACAGAGCCUGUCGAUGUGGCCGCUCAUCUCCAGCUGUUGGGAGAGUCCCUGAGCCUCACUGGACACCACCUGCAGGAAACCCAGGGCAUGGUGGCUGUGUCUGGCAAUCUGUCAGUGCUUCUGGAUUCCAUCAUCUGUGUGCUUGGCCCCUUAGCGUGUGUGACCACACGACUACCUGAGGUGAAUGGCUGUCCCAAACAGGUCUUGUCAAACACGCUGUACCACAUUGCUUACAUCAUGCCUGGACCGUGACAGCAGACUCCUGGGACAGAAACCUUAUCUUGCCUGUUGCUGGCUUGUGUAUAUGUGACGGUUGCAGAUCCCUUCACUGGCCUCUGGGUGUAGAUUUUAAAUUUUUACAUAUAUGCAUAAUGUGUAUAUAUAUAUAUGUAUAAUGUAUAAUAUAUACAUAGGACUGUAACUACUUUGCUUUUAAUAAUUUUAUGAAAUGGCAAAGGUUUAGCCAAGAGGAAACCUUGG